AUUAAAUCUAAAUUUAUUUUUAUUUUCUCAUUUGUAUUCAUUAAUAUAUACGAAUGUUCAUUCUUCGCACGAAAAAGGUAAGAGAUGCACAUAAAAGUGUUUUAUAUCUUAUGUAUUAUGUCUAUAAAAAGAAUUAAAUUUUAUUUUAAAUUUAAUUUAAAUUUUUAUCAAAUUAUUAAGAUAAAUAAAGAGACAAUGUCAAUAUAGGAAUAGUGUACUAACUUUUUCAAUUGGUUCUCCAAAUGAUUUUAUUUCUUUUUUAAUAUAUAAAUAAGCUAUAUAUUUAAAUAAGCUAUCGCGUUCAUCCCUGUUAUAUAAAUUUAUAUGAUACACAUAAAAAGUAUAAACUGUGAUAAAUAUGUGAACUAAUCAAGAGUACUUUUUUGUAUGUCAUCGUCGUACAAUGUGCAUACAUAUGUGCAUCUAAAUUAUAUCUCUUGACAUGCCUUGUUCAAAAUGUAUAUUUUUUAUAGUUUAAACUUUGAUAUUUUAUAAACAGAAUGUGUUGUAAUAAUAUGAUAAUAUGAUAGAGUGCGUUGUGAUAAUAUGAUAGAGUGCGUUGUGAUAUAAUAAUGCAAUUACGAAAUAAUGAGAUUUUCGACACGACAUACGUCUUCUGUAACUAAUCAAGCAUGCUUUGACAGUCGAUGAGAUUGAUGCUUUAAUUAGAAACGAUCAACCGGGAUAAAUCAUAGACGUGACUGAACGCAUUAUGGAGCUUCCAUUGUUAUUAAAUGUCCUCUAAUCAUCGUUUUUACUACGUUUCGAAGAUUCAAAAGAUGAGAAUGAAGAGAAUAGUCAAAUACAGCUUAUUUCUUCUUUAUUGUUUGCUCGGUCCGUUCUUCAAAUUGCGAGGUUUAAAGAAGAGACGACGAUGUCCAUCGAUCGAGGAUCAAAUCUUGCUGCAAUCAGCGACAGAGAUCGCGCAGAAAAUUCGUAGAAAAGAGAUCAGCUCCGAGGAAGUGAUCAUCGCGUAUGUGAAGCGAUGCAAGAGAGUGAAUCCGUUGAUCAACGCUAUCGUGGAGGAUCGUUUCGAGGAGGCGAUUCAAGAAGCACGUGAGAUCGAUGCCUUUUUACAGUCCACAGCUAUGGACGAGGCGAAAAUCGCCAGCGAGAAACCACUGCUAGGCCUGCCUGUUACGAUUAAAGAAAGUAUCGCUGUUCAAGGAAUGAGUUAUUCCGUGGGAGUGAAAGAGAACAUCCUCUCGAGAGCGACGAAGGACGCUGACGUUGUGGCCAAAAUUCGCAAGGCCGGCGGGAUUCCUCUUCUCGUUAGCAACACUCCGGAAUUGUGUUUGUGGUGGCAUACAUUCAACAAAGUAACUGGCACCACUAACAAUCCUUAUGAUACACGAAGAUCCGCUGGUGGUUCCUCCGGUGGCGAGGCUGCUCUUCUCGGCUCUGGUGCUUCGAUUCUGAGCUUGGUUUCAGACAUUGCUGGUUCAGGCAGACUUCCGGCAAUGUUUUGUGGUGUUUUUGGUCAUAAACCCACGCCUAAUUAUAUAUCAAUAGAUGGUCAUAAACCUGGCUCAAAUGAUGAAAACUGGUCAUCAUUCUUUUCGAUCGGUUCAAUGGUUAGAUAUGCCAAGGAUCUGCCUCUCAUAUUGACAGUAUUAUCACAGUCAAAUGAAGCUAAGACUAUAUUUAAUAAAAAGCUAAAUUUGAAGGAUAUGAAAUUCUUUUAUAUGGAUGAUGGCACGAUCACAAGUUCCGUAACAAGUGAUGUAAAAAAUGCGAUUUAUAAACUGAUAAGGCACCUCGAGACAAUAGACAAUGUCAAAGUACAAAAGGCAAACUUGGAAGAUAUGAAAAUGUCUUUUGAAUUAAGCAUAAUCAUUCUUCUUAAGAUAAAAGAUGUUUAUUCAAUGUAUAAUCGUCUGGACGAUCCCGAGAAGUCAAAAAGUGUAUUUAUGGAAACAUUAAAAUAUAUUUUCUUUAUGUCGUCACAUACUUUUCCCGCUAUAUGUUACGGAAUACUUACAUGUAUUGGUGAAAAAAUAUCAGAAUCUAGUUAUACAAAAAUGAUGGAUAUAAGGACACAAUUAAAAAAACAAUUUAAGGAACUUUUGGGCGAUAAUGGAGUAUUAAUUUGUCCAUCUUUUAUCUCAUCGGCGCAUUAUCCCCAUGACACCUUGUAUAAUGUACCCAAUUAUUCUUAUUUGAUGAUCUUCAAUGUGCUGGGAUUUCCAGUUACGCAAUGUCCAAUUGGCUUUGACAAAAACCAAUUGCCAAUUGGACUUCAGAUCGUCGCGAAUCCGGGUUGUGAUCAUCUAACGAUUGCUGUUGCGCAAGAGAUUGAAAGAACAUUUGGUGGUUGGCGUGAACCAGACGAAUUAAUUUGCGACAUGACAUAAUUUUACAAUAAAUUUUUUUAUUUUUGGCAUUUAUCUUCAGAAUUGAAAUUUUUUCCAAUAUCAAAAUUUUGAUAAAACUUGUAACUCCCGAAAGAAUUGAAUCAAAUUUAUGACGUAGCAUCAUUUUCAAUUUUUCUAUGGCAAACAUAGUAUGAGUUUAGAAAAUAUUAAUCAAUA